GGCGCGGAGGCUGGCCCGGGACUCGCCUGGAGCCUAGGGAAGGAGGGAGGAGGGAGGGUCGCGGCCGGCCGCCAUGGGGCCGGGGGCCCGGGGCCGCCGCCGCCGCCGUCGCCCGAUGUCCCUGCCGCCGCCGCCAGUGCGGGCGCUGCCCCUGCUGCUGCUGCUAGCGGGGCCAGGGGCUGCAGCUCCCCCUUGCCUGGACGGAAGCCCGUGUGCAAAUGGAGGUCGUUGCACCCAACUGCCCUCCCGGGAGGCUGCCUGCCUGUGCCCACCAGGCUGGGUGGGUGAGCGGUGCCAGCUGGAAGACCCUUGCCACUCAGGCCCCUGUGCUGGCCGGGGUGUGUGCCAGAGCUCAGUGGUGGCAGGCACUGCCCGGUUCUCCUGCCGGUGUCCCCGUGGUUUCCGAGGCCCAGACUGUUCCCUGCCGGACCCCUGCCUCAGCAGUCCUUGUGCCCAUGGUGCUCGCUGCUCGGUAGGGUCUGACGGCCGCUUCGUCUGCUCCUGCCCACCUGGCUACCAGGGUCGCAGCUGCCGAAGUGAUGUAGAUGAGUGCCGGGUUGGUGGGCUCUGCCGCCAUGGUGGUACCUGCCUCAACACACCUGGCUCCUUCCGCUGCCAGUGCCCAGGUGGCUACACAGGGUCACUGUGCGAGACCCCCACAGUACCCUGUGCACCUUCACCAUGCCGUAAUGGGGGCACCUGUAGGCAGAGUGGUGAUGUCACCUAUGACUGUGCCUGCCUUCCUGGUUUUGAGGGACAGAACUGUGAAGUCAAUGUGGACGACUGUCCAGGACACCGUUGUCUCAAUGGGGGGACAUGUGUGGAUGGUGUUAACACUUACAACUGCCAGUGCCCUCCUGAGUGGACAGGCCAGUUCUGCACAGAGGAUGUGGACGAGUGUCAACUACAGCCCAAUGCCUGUCACAAUGGGGGCACCUGCUUCAACACAUUGGGUGGCCACAGCUGCGUGUGUGUCAAUGGCUGGACAGGCGAGAGCUGUAGUCAGAAUAUUGAUGACUGUGCCACAGCUGUGUGCUUCCAUGGGGCCACCUGCCAUGACCGUGUGGCCUCUUUCUACUGUGCCUGCCCUAUGGGCAAGACUGGCCUUCUGUGCCAUCUGGAUGACGCCUGUGUCAGCAACCCCUGUCAUGAGGAUGCUAUCUGCGACACGAACCCAGUGAAUGGCCGGGCCAUCUGCACCUGCCCACCUGGCUUCACUGGUGGAGCAUGUGACCAGGAUGUGGAUGAGUGUUCCAUCGGCGCUAACCCCUGUGAACAUCUGGGCCGCUGCGUGAACACCCAGGGGUCGUUCCUGUGCCAGUGUGGUCGUGGCUACACUGGACCUCGCUGUGAGACAGAUGUCAACGAGUGUCUAUCAGGCCCCUGCCGCAACCAGGCCACAUGUCUGGACCGCAUUGGACAGUUCACCUGCAUCUGCAUGGCAGGCUUCACAGGCACAUACUGUGAGGUGGACAUCGAUGAGUGUCAGAGUAGUCCUUGUGUCAAUGGCGGUGUUUGCAAGGAUCGAGUCAACGGCUUCAGCUGCACCUGCCCCUCAGGCUUCAGUGGGGCCACAUGUCAGCUGGAUGUGGACGAAUGUGCAAGCACACCCUGCCGGAACGGUGCCAAAUGUGUGGAUCAACCUGAUGGCUACGAGUGUCGCUGUGCGGAGGGUUUCGAGGGCACACUGUGUGAGCACAAUGUGGAUGACUGCUCUCCUGACCCAUGCCACCAUGGGCGCUGUGUUGAUGGCAUCGCCACUUUCUCAUGUGCCUGUGCCCCAGGCUACACAGGCACACGCUGUGAGAGCCAGGUGGACGAAUGCCGCAGCCAGCCCUGCCGCCAUGGGGGCAAAUGUCUAGACCUGGUGGACAAAUACCUCUGCCGCUGUCCUCCCGGAACCACAGGUGUGAACUGCGAGGUCAACAUUGAUGACUGUGCCAGUAACCCUUGCACCUUUGGGGUCUGUCGUGAUGGCAUCAACCACUAUGAUUGUGUCUGCCAACCUGGCUUCACAGGGCCCCUUUGCAACGUGGAGAUCAACGAAUGUGCGUCCAGCCCAUGUGGCGAGGGAGGCUCCUGCAUAGAUGGGGAAAAUGGUUUCCGCUGCCUCUGCCCACCUGGCUCCUUGCCUCCAUUCUGCCUCCCUCCAGCCCAUCACUGUGCCCAAGAGCCCUGUAAUCAUGGCGUCUGCCACGAUGCACCUGGCGGGUUCCGCUGUGUGUGUGAGCCUGGGUGGAGCGGCCCCCGUUGCAGCCAGAGCCUGGCUCGAGAUACCUGUGAGUCCCAGCCUUGCCAGGCUGGAGGUACCUGUACCAGUGAUGGGAUGGGCUUCCAUUGCACCUGUCCUCCUGGAGUGCAGGGCCGUCAGUGCGAAGUGUUGUCUCCCUGCACCCUGAACCCCUGUGAGCAUGGUGGCCACUGUGAGUCUGCCCCUGGCCAGGUGGCUAUCUGCUCCUGUCCCUCCAGCUGGCAAGGUCAGAGAUGCCAGCAGGAUGUGGAUGAGUGUGCCGGCCCCUCACCCUGUGGCCCCCAUGGAACCUGCACCAACCUGGCCGGGAGUUUCAGCUGUACCUGCCAUGGGGGGUACACUGGUCCUUCCUGUGAUCAGGACAUCAAUGACUGUGACCCCAACCCCUGCCUCAAUGGUGGCUCCUGUCAGGACGGCGUGGGCUCUUUUUCUUGCUCUUGCCUUCCUGGCUUUGCUGGUCCACGCUGUGCCCGAGAUGUUGAUGAGUGUCUGAGCAAUCCCUGUGGCCCUGGCACCUGCACUGACCACUUGGCAUCCUUCACAUGCACUUGCCCACCGGGCUAUGGAGGCUUCCACUGCGAAAAGGACCUGCCAGACUGCAGCCCCAGCUCCUGCUUCAAUGGAGGGACCUGUGUGGACGGCAUAAGCUCAUUUAGCUGCUUGUGUCGCCCUGGCUACACCGGCGCCCACUGCCAAUAUGAGGUCGACCCCUGCCUUUCGCGGCCUUGUCUGCACGGAGGCGUCUGCAGCGCUACCCACCCGGGUUGCUGCGCCUGCCCGGAGGGCUUCACAGGCAGUCAGUGCCAGACUCUGGUAGACUGGUGCAGCCAGGCACCCUGUCAAAACGGUGGUCGCUGUGUCCAGACCGGGGCCUAUUGCCUUUGUCCCCCCGGAUGGAGCGGUCGCCUCUGUGACAUCCGAAGCCUACCCUGCAGGGAGGCUGCAGCUCAGAUGGGGGUGCGGUUGGAGCAGCUGUGUCAGGCAGGCGGGCAGUGCAUGGAUGAAGACAGCUCCCACUACUGUGUGUGCACUGAGGGCCGCACCGGCAGCCACUGUGAGCAGGAGGUGGACCCCUGCUUGGCCCAGCCCUGCCAGUAUGGGGGCACCUGCCGUGGCUACAUGGGGGGCUAUGUGUGUGAGUGUCCAGCUGGCUACACUGGUGACAACUGUGAGAAUGAUGUGGAUGAGUGUGUCUCUCAGCCCUGCCAGCAUGGAGGUUCCUGCAUUGAUCUGGUAGCCCGAUAUCUCUGCUCCUGUCCCCCUGGGACACUAGGUGUGCUCUGUGAGAUUAAUGAGGACAACUGUGACCCAGGGUCACCCCUGGACUCAGGCCCCCGGUGUCUACACAAUGGCACUUGUGUGGACCUAAUAGGUGGCUUCCGCUGUAACUGCCCCCCAGGAUACACUGGUCUGCACUGUGAGGCAGAUAUCAAUGAAUGUCGCCCGGGAGUCUGCCAUGCAGCACACACCCGGGACUGCCUGCAAGACCCAGGUGGUCACUUCCACUGUGUUUGUCAUCCUGGCUUCACAGGUCCCCGCUGUCAGACUGUCCUAUCUCCCUGUGAAUCCCAGCCAUGCCAACAUGGAGGCCAGUGUCGUCUCAGCUCAGGUCCUGGGGGUGGGCUGACCUUCACCUGCCACUGUGUCCAGCCAUUCUGGGGUCCACGUUGUGAGCGGGUGGCACGCUCCUGCCGGGAGCUGCAGUGCCCGGUGGGUGUCCCGUGCCAGCAGACGGCCCGCGGGCCACGCUGCGCCUGUCCUCCGGGGCUGUCUGGACCUUCCUGCCGUGGCUCCAGGGCGUCACUCCCGGGAGCCACCAACACCAGCUGCGCAGCCGUCCCUUGUCUCCACGGGGGCUCCUGUCGUCCUACUCAGCUCGCCCCUUUCUUCCGCUGUGCGUGCGCUCCGGGCUGGGCUGGCCCGCGCUGCGAGACCCCUGCGGCGGUGCCCGAGGUCUCCGAGGAGCCGCGGUGCCCGCGAGCCACCUGCCAGACCAAGCGCGGGGACCAGCGCUGCGACCGCGAGUGCAACACCCCGGGCUGCGGCUGGGACGGGGGCGACUGCUCGCUGAGCGUGGGCGACCCCUGGCGGCAGUGCGAGGCUCUGCAGUGCUGGCGUCUCUUCAACAACAGCCGCUGCGACCCCGCCUGCAGCUCGCCUGCCUGCCUGUAUGACAACUUCGACUGCCACACGGGUGGCCGCGAGCGCACCUGCAAUCCGGUGUAUGAAAAGUACUGCGCUGACCACUUCGCUGACGGUCGCUGCGACCAGGGCUGCAACACGGAGGAGUGUGGCUGGGAUGGGCUGGACUGUGCCAGCGAGGUUCCAGCCCUGCUUGCCCGCGGGGUGCUGGUGCUCACCGUGCUGCUGCCACCCGAAGAGCUGCUGCGCUCCAGCGCCGACUUCUUGCAGCGGCUUAGCGCCAUCCUUCGCACCUCGCUGCGCUUCCGCCUGGACGCGCGCGGCCAGGCCAUGGUCUUCCCUUACCACCGGCCCAGUCCUGCUUCGGAAUCCCGAGCGCGGCGGGAGCUGGCCCCCGAGGUGAUCGGCUCUGUAGUGAUGCUGGAGAUUGACAACCGGCUCUGCCUGCAGUCUCCGGAGAAUGACCACUGCUUCCCCGAUGCCCAGAGUGCGGCUGACUACCUGGGAGCCUUGUCAGCGGUGGAACGCCUCGAUUUCCCCUACCCACUGCGGGAUGUGCGAGGGGAGCCUCUGGAGCCUCCUGAACAGAGCGUACCGCUGCUGCCACUGCUGGUGGCUGGUGCCAUCUUCCUGCUGGUCAUCCUCGUCCUGGGCGUCAUGGUGGCCCGGCGCAAGCGUGAGCACAGCACCCUCUGGUUUCCCGAGGGUUUCGCUCUACACAAGGACAUGGCAGCUGGUCACAAGGGCAGACGGGAGCCUGUGGGGCAAGACGCACUGGGCAUGAAGAACAUGACCAAGGGCGAGAGUCUGAUGGGGGAGGUAGCCACAGACUGGAUGGACACCGAGUGCCCAGAGGCCAAACGACUGAAGGUAGAGGAGCCUGGCAUGGGGGCUGAGGAACCUGUGGAUUGUCGCCAGUGGACCCAACAUCACCUGGUUGCUGCGGACAUCCGUGUGGCCCCAGCCAUGGCCCUGACACCACCACAGGGUGAUGUGGACGCUGACGGGAUGGAUGUCAAUGUGCGUGGUCCAGAUGGCUUCACCCCGCUCAUGCUGGCCUCCUUCUGUGGAGGAGCCCUGGAGCCAAUGCCCACCGAGGAGGAUGAGGCCGAUGACACAUCAGCUAGCAUCAUCUCGGACCUGAUCUGCCAGGGGGCACAGCUCGGGGCUCGAACUGACCGCACAGGUGAGACUGCCCUGCACCUGGCUGCCCGCUAUGCCCGGGCCGAUGCCGCCAAGAGGCUGCUGGAUGCUGGAGCGGACACCAACGCUCAAGAUCACUCAGGCCGCACCCCGCUGCACACAGCUGUCACCGCUGACGCCCAGGGCGUCUUUCAGAUCCUCAUUCGGAACCGCUCCACGGACCUGGAUGCCCGCAUGGCGGACGGCUCCACCGCACUGAUCCUGGCGGCCCGUCUGGCGGUGGAGGGCAUGGUGGAAGAGCUGAUCGCCAGCCACGCUGAUGUCAAUGCUGUGGAUGAGUUGGGGAAGUCAGCCUUACACUGGGCUGCAGCUGUGAACAACGUGGAGGCCACCUUGGCUCUACUCAAAAAUGGAGCCAACAAGGACAUGCAGGAUAGCAAGGAAGAGACUCCACUGUUCCUGGCCGCCAGGGAGGGUAGCUAUGAGGCUGCCAAGCUGCUCUUGGAUCAUUUUGCCAACCGGGAGAUCACCGAUCACCUGGACAGGCUGCCACGGGAUGUGGCCCAGGAACGGCUGCACCAGGACAUCGUGCGGUUGCUGGACCAGCCCAGCGGGCCGCGCAGUCCCCCUGGUCCCCAUGGCCUGGGGCCCCUGCUCUGCCCACCUGGGGCCUUCCUCCCUGGCCUCAAGGCUGCACAGUCGGGGUCCAAGAAGAGCCGGAGGCCCCUGGGGAAGGCAGGGUUGGGACCACAGGGGACCCGGGGACGGGGCAAGAAGCUGACCCUGGCCUGUCCUGGUCCCCUGGCAGAUAGCUCUGUCACAUUGUCACCUGUGGACUCACUGGACUCCCCGAGGCCCUUCGGUGGUCCCCCCGCUUCCCCUGGAGGUUUCCCCCUAGAGGGUCCCUAUGCAGCUGCCGCAGCCACUGCAGUGUCCUUGGCACAGCUUGGUGGCACAGGCCGCGCAGGUCCUCUAGGGCGCCAGCCUCCUGGGGGCUGUGUGCUCAGCCUGGGCCUGCUGAAUCCCGUUGCUGUCCCUCUCGACUGGGCCCGGCUGCCCCCACCUGCCCCCCCAGGGCCCUCAUUCCUGCUACCCCUGGCUCCAGGACCCCAGCUGCUUAAUCCGGGGACUCCUGUCUCUCCCCAGGAGCGGCCACCACCCUACCUGGCAGCGCCAGGACAUGGCGAGGAAUACCCAGCAGUGGGAGCCCACAGCAGCCCCACCAAGGGUCGCUUCCUGAGGGUCCCCAAUGAGCACCCAUACCUGACCCCGUCCCCUGAAUCCCCCGAGCAUUGGGCCAGCCCAUCUCCUCCCUCUCUCUCGGACUGGUCCGACUCCACGCCUAGCCCAGCUACUGCCACGGCCACAGCCACUGGGGCACUGCCUGCCCAGCCACACCCCUUGUCUGUCCCUAGUUCCCUGUCUCAGGCCCAGACCCAGCUGGGGCCCCAGCCGGAAGUCACCCCUAAGAGGCAGGUGUUGGCCUGAAAUGCUCUCAGUUCUUGGAUCCUGGGGGCUGAGAGACACCCUAUCCUGACUCCACUCUUCUUCCCUUUUAGUCAUUCACGUUCUUCUCUCUCCAUCAACCCUUUUGAUUCCUGCCUUUCAGUGUGACCAGGACGGUCACCAGCCCAGACCCUUAGUCUUCCUUUAUUUAUAAUGGGUGGGGGAUGACCUCCCACCCUCUCAGUCUUGUCUCCCCUCCCUGCCCCCCAGCUCUUUUCUCCCUCCUUCCUUUCUUGCCUCUUAUUUUCCCACACUCUGACACGAGUGAAUUAUUAUUAUUUCCUUUUUUUUUUUUUACAUUUUGUAUAGAAACAAAUUCAUUUAAACAAACAUUAUUAUUAUUAUUUUUUACAAAAUAUAUAUAUAUACAUAUAUAUAUCUAUGUGGAGAUGCUCCUCCCCCCUGUGAAUCCCCAGUGCCCCCGUGGGGCUGAGUCUGUGGGCCUAUUCGGCCAAGCAGGAUUCUGUGUACCGAGUACACAGGAACAACCAGGACUGUGUACCGAGUACACUUGGCCCUGGUAUGUACCAAGUAGCCACCCUUGGGCACGUCCUCUGGGGCCAGGGGUCAGGGGAGACUUGGGUGCCUCCUCCCCAUCCCCCUCCUUCACUUCACUGCAUUCCAAAUGAGACUUGUUCUGUAACCUUGCUGGGGAAGGGCCCUUCUGUCCUGAGACACCCCUCCAGGCCUCCCACCCUCCCAGAGCCUGGGCCACCUCCUUUUGGGAACUGGGCGGGAGGUGGGGGUAGCUGAUGGGAAAUGGGGACCCGGGGAGAUGUGUACAAUUCACUUUGUCUCCCUGUAAAUACGGACUGCAGGCAAGGGAAGGAACUGCUUGGGUGGCACCCCUUCCUUCUGGUACUUGCCUUUCCCAGCUUCACAGGAGAAAUAGAAGUAUUUUUUAGGCUAUUUUUGUAAUAUGGCUUUUGUGUAGCUGAAUUCCCAGGCCCUGCACUGUAUAGUCCAAUCCCUCUCACCACCUAAUAAAGGAAUAGUUAACACACUGUCAUUGGUCUGUGCCU